AUAAAGAUUAAAGACAAUGUUAUGUUGGGUUAUGUGAGUGGGUUACCAUUACCAAUGUAACCAUUGCACUCUGUCUCUUUUUGUGUUUCUUAACGAAGUCUUUGAAUUUGCAGAUAAAGGAAACCCCUCCAUACUGAACCAACCUUACCUCUCCUGCCUGCACUUUAUUCCCCUUCAAAUUCCCUGCUUUACCUCUGUACGACCCUUCUUUAUUACUCACAACAAGGGAUGAUAUUUUGAUAGAUUAACUUGUCUCAACAAUGAGAGAUGAGAAUUUGAAGAAAAGCAAGCUUUCAUGGCCAAAAACAUUGGUAAAAAAAUGGUUCAAUAUCAAGAGCAAAUCUGAGGACUUUCAAGCAGAUGAUAUCAUUUCUCAAGUUGUUGAUGAAGAGUAUAGAAGCAACUACUCAGAAAUGGAGGCAUGUUCUAUCAAGAAAAGCAAAACAGAGAGAUCAAGUAGAAGGUACAUAGAUAGAAUGCAAAGAGGUAAGAAUUACCUUGAUGAAGCUCAGGUUACCGAUGUAUGUAAUUAUAGAAUCUUUGUUGCUACUUGGAAUGUGGCAGGGAAGUCGCCUCCGAGUUAUUUAAGUCUCGAAGAUUGGCUUCACAUUUCUCCGCCUGCUGAUAUCUACGUUCUUGGGUUUCAAGAAAUUGUGCCUCUCAAUGCCGGUAAUGUUUUGGGAACAGAAGACAAUGGUCCUGCGAAAAAAUGGCUAGCCCUUAUAAGGAAGACACUGAACAACCUUCCGGGAACAAGUGGUGGAUACCAUACUCCAUCUCCUAUUCCCGCUCCUAUUGUGGAGCAAGAUGCUGAUUUUGAAGGAUCGAUGAGACAGAAGGCAACCUCGUUCUUCCAUCGGAGAUCCUUCCAAGCCAUGAGUCGUAGUAUGAGAAUGGAUAACGACAUGUCGCUCCCACAAUCUUGCCUUGAUCGACGUCUCAGUGUCUGUGAUAGGAUGAUAUCCGGUCACAGAACAAGUGACUAUGACACCAAUUGUCGAUGGGGAUCGUCAGAUGACGAAAAUGGAGGUGGCGACUCACCGAUUACAACAGAUUUUUCGCCAAUGUCAAAUGGAGGUUGUUUACCUAUGGAGGAGAGUGACAGACCGAUAGGAAACUCAAGAUACUGUUUGGUUGCUAGUAAGCAAAUGGUAGGUGUAUUUCUAACUGUUUGGGUGAAAAGUGAUAUUAGAGAUGAUGUUCGUAACAUGAAAGUGUCGUGCGUUGGAAGAGGAUUGAUGGGAUAUCUUGGAAACAAGGGUUCAAUUUCAAUUAGUAUGUCAUUGCGCGAAACAAGUUUUUGCUUCGUCUGUAGCCAUCUGACUUCCGGUCAAAGGGAUGGUGACGAGCUAAGAAGAAAUUCAGAUGUAAUGGAGAUUCUCCGAAAGACAAGGUUUCCGCAGGUCCAUGACACGAAUGAUGUGAAUUCUCCUCAGACAAUUCUUGAACACGACCGAAUAAUUUGGCUGGGGGAUUUAAAUUAUCGGAUAGCUCUUUCGUACCGAGGCGCAAAAGCUCUUGUUGAGAUGCAUGAUUGGAAGACUUUGUUGAAAAAUGACCAGCUGUGUAUAGAGAAGCGGCAAGGUCGAGUUUUUACAGGAUGGAGUGAAGGGAAAAUAUAUUUUCCUCCCACAUAUAAGUAUUCAAACAAUUCCGACAGUUAUGCAGGUGAUGACAGACGCUCGAAACAAAAGAGAAGAACUCCAGCAUGGUGUGAUCGUAUCUUGUGGUAUGGAAGUGGCUUACAACAAUUAUCUUACGUUCGUGGCGAGUCGAGAUUCUCUGAUCAUAGGCCAGUUUGUAGCAUAUUCUUGGCAAAAGUUGAGUCUAUUAACAGUAACCAAGUAAAGAAAGGCUCUAUUUGUUCGAAUUCCAGAAUUGAAGUAGAAGAGUUAUUACCGCAUUCACGUUCACACGGUUAUGGCUACACCGACUUCCAUUUCUAUUGAUGUAUAAUACACACAUGUAAAUUUAAUUCUCUUUCUCUGAGUUCAACUCGACUAAAUGACGGAACUUCAACUGAAACAUCAAACUGUUUUGUUACACAAGAUAGGCAAUGCUAUGAGGAAUGCUAGCCGCAAUGGUGACCAAGACAUUUCUGAUAUCCUCGAAGACCCUACGAAGCUGCAGAGUUUAUCGAUUGUCAACACCUAUUGAGUAUAUGAAUAUCUGCAGCUCACAAUCUGAUUAAAAGGCGGGAGAAGGCUAUGUGAUUCGAUUCAAAGAAAAUUGCAUCAGAAUUCUUUAUAAUGAGAUAA